AGGACAGCUCAGAAACAACUGCAACUAUGUUACAGCUGGAGUGUUUUUGAACGUUCACAUUGCACAGGAAGUGACAUGAUAGAGAUUGAGAAAGUUCUGCCGGUGUGAUCCCACGGGGGAAGAGCAUCAGAAGCCUGGGAAGGUUGUGGCACUGGGUUGACUUUUGGUGGAGCUGGAUGAUGCUGUUGAGAGAUCUCUGAAGUGCCCCGGAUCACAGUCAGAUAAGAUCGACAUCCUCCAUCUGUACUCCCAGUAAGUGGAAAGUCUUGUUGUGGCACAAACACAGAGCAGAUUUGACCCUCCAGGCUGGUGGAUGGACACCCUGGUGCCGGACACGUAUCAGGCCAGACAUGGCCUAGCUUUGCUGGGGCAACUGGAGAGGAUGAGGGCGGUUGGGGAGCUCACGGACGUGGUUCUCCUGGCCGAGGGCAUUCCUUUUUCAUGCCACCGGGUGGUGCUGUCUGCUUUUAGUCCCUACUUCCAGGCCAUGUUCACGUGUGGCCUGAGAGAGACCCGUGAAGGAGAGGUGCCUCUCAGGGACACCUCUGCCCAGAGUCUGGAGCUGCUCCUGGGCUACAUGUAUCGCUCUGAGCUGCCUCUCACCAACCACAACAUCCAGGGUGUGGCAGCCGCCGCCUUCCUGCUACACAUAGAGGGGGCUUUCAGGCUGUGCCAGAGUCACAUGGAAGCCAGUAUGGACCCUUCCAACUGUGUUGGACUGUACCACUGGGCCAGAGACCUGGGGGCCUCUGACCUUGCUGACAGUGCCUGGAGAUACCUAUGCCGUAAUUUUUCUCAGGUGUGUGAAGAGGAAGAGGUCCUGGACCUGGAUGUUCAGAGUCUGGGGGCUCUGCUAGGCUCAGAUGACCUCAACGUGUCCCAGGAGGAGAGAGUGCUGGAGCUGGUGCUCCGCUGGGUGGAGAGGCGCAGGGGAGACUCCCAGAGCGAAGCCCAGGCUGUGGAGCUCCUCAGGCGGGUCCGCCUGGAGCUGGUGGAACCUGGCUUCCUCAGGAGAGCCAGGAGGAGAAACCCGGUAUUACUCAGAGAUGCAGAGUGCUUUGGGAUGAUCGACGCAGCCCUCCAGACCUCAGGUCUCUCUGUGAUGACGGCCCCCCCUCGGCCAGCUCUCCGUUAUGGGAUGGAGACCACCGACCUGCUACUCUGCCUGGGGGGGAUCGAUGAGGAGGGGGUCCCAGCCAGGCGGGGAGGUCAGGCUGACCUCAGCUUCUGUUAUGCCCCCCAGGCCAGACGGGUGUAUUUCCUCCCCUCUCCUCUGAGGGCUACUGGGGGUGCUGGGGCGAUCACGGCUGGAGGGGUGACGCAGGGCAACAACAUAGUGGUGGCCAUAGAGAAAGAGGACGAACACAGGACCAAGAGGGUGGAGAUGUACAGGUAUGACCGCUCAGUGGAAGGCAGUUGGGAGAAGCUCUGCUGUACAGGGUACAGGGAUAUGUAUGCCUUGGGGUUGCUUGGCGAUGCUCUGUACCUGAUUGGAGGGCAGAUGAAGGUUAGGAACCAUUACAUCAUCACUGACAGUGUUGAAAGGUGGUCCCUCAAAAGAGGAGGUUCCUGGCUUAGCUUCGCUCCUCUGCCACUCCCAUUGGCCUGUCACUGUGCUGUUGGCCUGAAGGACUGCCUCUAUGUGCUAGGGGGCUGGACUCCACAGUCAGAACGACCGGAUGAGGAGCCGGACAGGCUGAAUAGCCGAGUGUUUCAGCUCGACCCGGGCAAGGACACCUGGACGGAGUGUGCCAACAUGAGGUACUCCAGGUACCGCUGUGGCGUCGCACACUCAACGGAGAGAUCUACAUACUAGGGGGUAUCGG